AUGGUAGAGGAGAAAAGUGAGUUUUUGGAGAGAUUUUCGAAUUUUACUGUUCAUCGGGUACUGUUCAUCGGUACUGUUCAUCGGUACUGUUCAUCGGGUACUGUUCAUCGGGGUACUGUUCAUCGUCGAUUCGCACUGUUCAUUGUCUUUCCUUCAGUUUCAGUCAUUGUCAAGAGGCCGGGGCCGAGAUUGUGGACUUCGGCGGAUUCGGGAGAGAGUGUGGUGCCUAGUGUGGCGACUGCGUCGGUGACCCAGUCGGUAUCCGUGGCGAGUGAGGCCAGUGUGGAUGCGAGUGUUGGUUUGGGAGCGGGGGCUGCUCCGGGUUGGGGUGGUGCUCCGGCUCAGGGUCUUGAUGACUUAGUGGUGGGUUUGCUGACGCAGUUAUUGGCUCGUUUUCCGCCAGUGGUUCCACAGGGGCUCCGGGAGUACCUCCAGUGGCAGAGGUGCAGCAGAGGGCUGCGGGUUUGUUCAGCCGCAGGCUGUGGGUUUGAUGGUGCCGCCUAUUUGGAUAUGAUGGGGCACAUGCAGAGGAUUGGUACGCCGUACUUUGAGGGCGGAGUUAGCCGAGGCGGCAGUGUGUCAGAGAUUGGAGCGGAAUUUCCAGUCUAUCAGAUUCUGGUUUAG